AUGGCGGGCUAUUCAGAAGAUCAGCUAGCUGAGUUCCAGGAAGCAUUCCAGCUGUUUGAUUCUCGUGGUGAUGGCAAAAUUCAUGUUGCUCAAAUUGGGGAUGCAUUAAGAGCUCUAGGACAAAACCCAACAGAGUCGGAUGUUAAAAAGUGCACCUUGCAUCUAAAGCCUGAUGAAAGAAUUUCCUUUGAGGUGUUCUUGCCUAUUUACCAGGCAAUAUCCAAAGCUCGUAGUGGUGACACAGCUAAUGAUUUUAUAGAAGGUUUACGUCACUUUGACAAAGAUGGCAAUGGCUUUAUAUCAUCAGCUGAGUUGCGCCAUCUGCUCUCUACCCUUGGGGAAAAACUUAGUGAUGAUGAGGUGGAGCAGUUGCUUCAAGGUCAGGAGGACUCGCAGGGCAACAUCAACUACGAGAACUUUGUGCACCUCGUCAUGCAGGGCUAG